GAAUUAACCAUCUUGCACAUUGAUUUUCAGCAUUUCAAGAAACCUGACACACUCACAACUUCAGAAACAAAAGGAAAGCUGCUCUCUCUCCUAUGUUCUUGAGGAAAAUGCAUAGCCAUAACCAGGGUUCUGUUUCGGGUGGGCUGUUUAUGAGCGCACACAUGCAUGCCUGUAUUGAGAGGCUUACUUUUUCAUCCUCUCGUGGGUCUCAGGCUCGUCCUUUCUCACUCAUCUCCCCGUAGAUUGGACUUUCUGAAAUCUGGAAUCCAGUGAUUGUGGGUCCCUCUGUGUUCCUCUUCCAGUUGAUAUUCUUGUAGAAACAGAUGUUUAGGCAACCGGUGAAAACUUGUAAGAUUUCUGCUGAUGUGCUAAGAGCUGUCAAUCCUGAUGACAUUUUUGUCUUACAGUUGGUUUCUCUCUGGCGGCGCCUUGUUGCUUGUCAGCGUGUCCAUUGCAUUCUACUGCAUUCUCUAUCUGGAGUGGUAUCGUGGGAUUGAAGAUUAUGAUGUCAAGUAUCCAGCCCUGAUCCCCAUCACAACUGCUGCUUUUAUCGUGGCAGGGAUUUGCUUCAACAUCGCUUUAUGGCCCGUGUGGUCGUUUUUCACUCCGCUGCUGCUGUUUACCCAGUUCAUGGGCCUUGUGAUGUUCAUCUCACUCCUCGGGUGAUUCCUGCAGGUUCAAGGGCAUGCAAACUGAACCAUUAAACAGCCAGCUGGCUGGCAGCGUUCCAAAGGGGGAAAAGCUACAGUGUUUCUGCAUCCUGAAGUGAGUGGUGUUCUAGGAAAAAUUGUACCUUCACUGAUCUGUGGUUGAAAUGAGAAUAAAUUAUAUUUAUUUGCAUAUUCUUAAACUCAGAUGAUUUUUCAGAUUCAGAAUAGGAGUAUUCUCUUCAAAAUAGAAAUAACUAAGUUGCAGUGUGAAUCUGUUUGAAUCAUGGAGAAAGUAUUGGUGUGAAAGUUUAAAUGAAGUUUCAUUGUAGAUGUGCGUUGCUCCCAGUGUUGUAGGUGGAUUGCUCACUCUUCACUUAUGCGGUGACGGACGUGUCCAUGUGCCUUUAACCCGGUAGCGGUGACUGUGGACCUCACUGUGUAAUGCCUUCGCUAGUGAGAGGACCAACCAAACGUAUUCUAUGCAUUCCUCUUUGGAUUUUACCAUUAUAUGUAAAUCAUUGGGUUUUCAGCAUGUUUAACAUAUGAACUUUUAAUGAUUUCUAAGUAUGUAUAAUUAUUUUCCUUAUUUGAAUAAAAUAUUUUUAUAACUUU